AUGAACGGAACGGGAUCCAUCGAGUCGCAGUGGCUGGCCCAACUCGCCGCCAUGCGCCAGGCGAUCGCGGAUCUGAACCUCACCAAGAACCCCGCCAGCGACCAGCUCGCCUACGGCAGCGAUCUCGACCUAGACCUUGACGGACACUCCUCCUCCGCCGGAACCAUCGACGACGUUUGGGACCUCAUCAGCUCAGAUGACGAAUCCACCAGCGACGACCUGGAUGCGUUCGACGAUCUCCCUUCCCCGCCGACUUCCUCCGAGCAAUACGACCUCCCAUGGCUGCAGCAGAGAUGCCAGCUCCUCGCGUUCCAAAAGGGCGGGAUGGAAGUGGAUGAGCUAUCGCAGCAGAUUAUCGCCGCACUUGCGACGGAUAGCGGAGACGACGAGUUGCAAAUGUCGCUGGCUGAGAUUGUGGGCUUUGACGACUUGGAUUUCGUUAUCGAGUUGAUUGCGCAUCGGAAGGAGAUACUGGCGAGCUUGGAUGCUGGUCCGAAGAAAACACAGGCACAGACGGACGGGUUGGCCUUUGGGUCGUUGCAGACGAGGGCGGAGAGGGAGCAGGCGCUGCGGAGGCAGGACUUUGAGCACAAGAAUGCGGCUUUAAUGCCGGAGCAGGUGCGACAGGAGCCGAAGUAUCCGCAUGUUUUCAAGAUGCAUGAUUCGAGGAAUGUGCUUGCGCUGAAUGGGAAAAGUUAUGGUUUGCCAGUGGGGAGUAGGCAGAUCGAUGAGCAGAAGUACACGGAGGUUGAGGUCCCAGCCGCAAAGGUUGGGACGCUUGCCCAACAGCAGAAACUCGUUCCGAUCUCCUCGAUGGAUGGUCUGUGUCGGGGAACCUUCAAGGGCUACAAGACCUUGAACAGGAUGCAAAGUCUACUCUACGAUGUUGCUUACAAAACCAGCGAGAAUAUGCUUAUUUGUGCGCCUACUGGAGCUGGCAAAACAGACGCUGCGAUGCUGACGAUAUUGAACGCCGUCGGCAAGAACACGAUUCCUAGCCCGGUUGAUCAGCCUGAUGCCACUGAGUUUUCAGUCCUAGUGGACGACUUCAAGAUCGUUUACGUAGCCCCCAUGAAAGCGCUCGCAGCCGAAGUCACCGAGAAGCUCGGCAAAAGGCUCGCAUGGCUCGGGAUUCAGGUUCGUGAGCUGACUGGUGACAUGCAGCUGACGAAGCGGGAGAUCGUGGAAACCCAAAUCAUCGUCACCACCCCUGAGAAAUGGGACGUGGUGACGCGGAAAAGUACCGGCGAUACGGAGCUGGUGCAAAAGGUUCGCCUGCUGAUCAUCGAUGAGGUUCACAUGCUUCACGAUGAGCGUGGUGCAGUCAUCGAGUCUCUGGUUGCUCGUACUCAGCGGCAGGUGGAAAGCACCCAGUCGCUCAUUCGUAUCGUUGGUCUCUCUGCAACACUUCCGAACUACGUCGAUGUUGCCGAUUUCCUCAAGGUCAAUAAGAUGGCUGGACUGUUCUUCUUUGAUUCGUCCUUCCGCCCCGUGCCUCUCGAGCAGCACUUCAUUGGCGUCAAAGGAAAACCAGGCUCUAAACAAUCCCGCGAUAACAUCGACACUGUCGCUUAUGAAAAAGUCCGUGACAUGCUCGAGCGAGGUCAUCAGGUAAUGGUGUUCGUGCAUUCCCGCAAAGACACGGUGUUGACAGCACGGAUGCUCCGACAAAUGGCUAUUGAAGAUGGAUGCGAGGCCCUCUUCAGCUGCCAUGAACAUGAGAACUACUCGAAUGGCCUUCGGGAUAUGAAGCAUGCGCGAGCCCGCGAGCUGCGAGAUCUGUUCGCUAGUGGAUUUGGCACACAUCAUGCUGGAAUGAGUCGAAGCGACCGCAACCUCAUGGAGCGUAUGUUCUCUGAAGGCCUUAUCAAAGUCCUCUGCUGUACAGCUACUCUUGCCUGGGGUGUUAACCUUCCAGCUGCGGCGGUCGUUAUCAAAGGAACUCAGCUGUAUAACCCCCAGGAGGGUAAAUUCGUCGACCUUGGCAUUCUCGAUGUUCUGCAAAUCUUCGGUCGCGCAGGUCGUCCCCAGUUCCAGGAUACGGGUAUCGGGUUCAUCUGUACGACACACGACAAGCUCAACCACUAUCUCUCAGCGGUGACUUCACAGCAACCCAUUGAGUCUCGAUUUUCAAGCAGACUCGUGGACAACCUGAACGCUGAGAUCUCCCUCGGCACAGUCACAUCUGUUCCAGAAGCCGUGCAGUGGCUGGGUUAUUCGUACCUGUUUGUGCGGAUGAAACGGGAGCCUCGAAACUAUGGCAUUGACUUUGCUGAGAUAAGGGACGACCCGAUGCUGGUACAGAGACGCCGCCAACUCAUCAUCCAGGCUGCAAUCGUCCUACAGAAGAGCCAGAUGAUCAUCUACAACGAGAAGACGGAAGAACUUCGAGCUAAGGAUGUUGGUCGCAUUGCAAGUCAAUACUACGUCCUGCAAACAAGUAUCGAGAUCUUCAACGAGAUGAUGCGCCCUCGGUCCGGCGAGGCAGACGUCCUGCGCAUGAUCAGUAUGAGUGGUGAAUUUGACAACAUUCAGGCUCGCGACAGUGAAUCAAAGGAGCUCAACAGACUUCGCGAAGAGGCAGUCCAGACCGAAGUCGAAGGAGGUAACGAUUCUGCUCAAGCCAAGACCAACAUUCUCCUUCAGUCGUACAUCUCCCGUGCUAGAAUCGAGGAUUUUGCUUUGGUCUCGGAUACUGGGUAUGUAGCGCAAAAUGCAGCGCGUAUUUGUCGUGCUUUGUUCAUGAUUGCGCUGAACAGACGCUGGGGAUACCAAUGUCAAGUACUGCUUUCGAUGUGCAAAUCCAUCGAGAAGCAGAUCUGGCCAUUCGAUCAUCCUUUCCGUCAAUUCGAUCUGCCGCAGCCGAUUUUGAAAAACCUGGACGAGAAGUUACCAUCUUCAUCUGUCGAAUCGAUGAGGGAUAUGGAAACUGCCGAGAUUGGGCAACUGGUCCACAAUACCAAGAUGGGAAAGACCUUGGCGAAGCUGCUAGAUAACUUCCCAACCUUGAGUGUCGAGGCCGAAAUUGCACCACUCAAUCGCGACGUCCUACGUGUGCGGCUAAGUCUCUAUCCCGAGUUCACCUGGAAUGAUAGGCACCAUGGCGCCUCUGAGUCUUAUUGGGUUUGGGUUGAGAAUUCAGAAACAUCAGAGAUUUACCAUCACGAGUACUUCAUCCUUAGUCGGAAGAAGCUCUAUGACGAGCACGAAUUGAACUUCACCAUCCCGCUCUCAGACCCGCUGCCUAGUCAGAUCUAUGUCCGAGCAAUCUCUGAUAGAUGGUUGGGAGCGGAGACGGUUACGCCCAUCUCAUUCCAGCAUCUCAUUCGCCCGGACACAGAGAGUGUGUACACGGAUCUCCUCAACCUUCAGCCUCUGCCCAUCUCUGCACUAAACAACCCGAUCCUUGAAGAACUUUAUGAGCAGCGUUUCCAGUUCUUCAACCCCAUGCAGACGCAGCUCUUCCACGUUCUGUACCAUACCGCUGCAAAUGUGCUUCUUGGAUCCCCAACAGGUAGUGGGAAGACGGUUGCCGCCGAGCUCGCUAUGUGGUGGGCUUUCAGGGAGCGUCCGGGCUCAAAGGUGGUCUACAUUGCGCCGAUGAAAGCCCUUGUUCGCGAGCGUGUUUUGGACUGGGGAAGACGCCUCACGGCACCGAUGGGCCUGAAACUCGUUGAGUUGACGGGAGACAACACGCCUGACACGCGAACAAUCCGAGACGCAGAUAUUAUCAUCACGACCCCGGAAAAGUGGGACGGUAUCUCACGUAGUUGGCAGACUAGGGACUAUGUCCGGAAAGUGAGUCUCGUUAUUAUUGAUGAGAUUCACCUGCUUGGCGGUGACCGAGGCCCAAUUCUGGAGAUCAUCGUAUCUCGUAUGAACUACAUCGCUUCACAAUCCAAGGGCUCCGUCCGGUUAAUGGGUAUGUCGACGGCUUGUGCGAAUGCGUCGGACCUUGCGAAUUGGCUGGGAGUCAAGGAGGGAUUGUAUAACUUCCGCCACUCCGUUCGGCCUGUUCCGCUGGAAAUCUUUAUCGACGGGUUCCCCGAACAGCGCGGCUUCUGUCCGCUCAUGCAGUCUAUGAAUCGGCCGACAUUCUUGGCCAUCAAGAACCACUCCCCAGAGAAGCCAGUAAUAGUUUUCGUCGCGUCUCGUCGCCAGACACGGUUGACGGCUAAGGACUUGAUUAAUUUCUGCGGGAUGGAAGAUAACCCGCGUCGAUUCGUUCGGAUGUCGGAGGAGGAUCUGCAACUGAACCUUGCUCGAGUUAAGGACGAGGCUUUGCAGGAGGCGCUAUCUUUCGGUAUCGGUUUGCACCAUGCUGGUUUGGUAGAAUCUGAUCGGCAACUGGCGGAGGAGCUCUUUGCGAACAACAAGAUUCAAAUCCUUGUCGCCACGAGUACUCUCGCAUGGGGUGUCAACCUUCCGGCCCAUUUGGUUGUUGUCAAGGGGACGCAGUUCUUCGAUGCAAAAACAGAAGGCUAUAAGGAUAUGGAUCUGACCGACGUUCUCCAGAUGCUUGGUCGUGCUGGACGUCCUCAAUUCGACGAUUCUGGUAUCGCGCGUAUCUUCACCCAGGAUGCGAAGAAGGCGUUCUACAAGCAUUUCUUGCACACUGGUUUCCCCGUUGAGUCCACUCUUCAUAAAGUCCUUGAUAACCACUUGGGAGCCGAAGUAUCUGCCGGAACCAUCACGACGAAACAAGAUGCCCUUGACUACCUCACAUGGACAUUCUUCUUCCGUCGCCUGCACAAGAACCCAUCCUACUACGGCCUCGAGAUCUCAGCAGACCAGCACAACUCCCUCGAAGCUCAAACCCUAGCACAGGACUUCAUGAUCGACCUUGUGGACAAGUCUCUCGGCGAACUCUCCGAAUCAAACUGCAUCACAUUCGACACCGCAACGGGCGAAGUCGACGCUACCCCCUUCGGCAAGAUAAUGAGCUACUACUACCUCGCGCACAAGACCAUCCGCUACCUGCUCUCCCACGCAAAACCAUCACCCUCCUUCCACGACGUCCUCAGCUGGAUGUGCUCCGCCACCGAGUUUGACGAGCUCCCAGUGCGCCACAACGAAGACCUUAUCAACGCCGAGCUCUCCCGAAACCUCCCGCUCUCCGUCGAACCCAUGGGCGACCUCCCGCUUUGGGAUCCCCACGUCAAGGCCUUCCUCCUGCUGCAGGCAUACAUGUCGCGCAUCGAUCUGCCCAUCUCUGAUUAUGUCGGUGACCAGAUCUCCGUCCUCGACCAGAGCAUCCGUAUCAUCCAGGCGUCCAUCGAUGCAAUGGCUGAACUCGGCUACACUGCUGCAUGCUACCGAUUCAUCAACCUCCUGCAGUGCAUCAAAUCCGCCCGCUGGCCGGAGGACCAUCCGCUCUCCAUUCUCCCAGGCAUAGACCCAGGCCAAAACCCAACGAACAACAAAUCCAACACAAGCACGGCCCUCCCACAAUCCCUUACAGCCCUAACCCUCCUCCCGGCAAGCGCCAUUUCCUCUCUCCCCGGAAAACUGCACAUCCCCGCCUCCAAAACCGCACAAUUCACAAAAGCAACAUCGCACCUCCCGCGCCUCGCCCUAUCUAUCUCGGCAAUCUCCCCCGCGGGAGUGAAGGUUAGCAUCACGCGGAAGAACGCACCCACGAACGCCGAUCAUCGCAUUUACGCACCUCGAUUCCCCAAGCCGCAGACGGAGGGGUUCUUCCUCGUCGUGUGUAGUGCGAAGUCCGAUGGGUCAGAUGGAGAUCUUCUUGCGCUGAAGAGGGUUUCAUGGCCGUCGAAUAAUAACCAGAAGAAUUAUGAUCAAUCUGUUCGGGGUGGUGCUGGUUCUGCUGGCAGUGGGAAGGGCUCGUCGAGUAGGCCGGCUCAGGGCCUUGGUUCCGGUGGUGGUGGUGGUGGCAGGAACAGGAAAUGGAACAACAGCUCCGGUCUGACGACGAGCUCCUCGGUCAAGUUCCCGCGCCAUUUGCUCGUUUCGGGGAGUGUUAAUGUGCGUGUGCUUAGUGACUCGUAUCCCGGGAUGGAGUGGGUACUUGCUGGUGUGGAGGUUGAUGCCAGUGCUGAGAGGCAGAUUGUGGAGGAGACGUCGAGCUCGGUUGUUAAGGGGUAG